AUGCCUUUAAGAAACUUGACAGAGACUCACAACUUCAGUAGCACCAAUCUGGACACAGAUGGUAUAGAAGACGGUCGUGACCCUUCUCCGCUUUCUCCAUCACCAUCUUUUAGACAGCCAAAUGUGAACAACAUCGACAACAAUGCUGAUCUUACAAACCCUUUUAUGGGUAGCGACGAAGAAUCCAACGGACGUGGUAGAGAGUCUCUUUCUUCUUCUGUUCAUUAUCAGCCACAGGGGAGUGACUCUUCGCUACUGCAUGACAACUCUCGUCUAGAUAUAAGUCAAAAUAAUGGUAUAUCUGAUUACAAAGGUUACUACUCGAAGAACAACAGUAGAGUUGUGAGCACAGCCAAUGAUAAUUCAUUUCUCCAACCGCCACAUAGAGCCAUAGCUUCCUCUCCGUCUUUGAAUUCUAACUUAUCAAAGAAUGACAUUCUCUCUCCUCCAGAAUUCGAUAGGUAUCCUUUAGUGGGUUCCAGAGUUACUUCUAUGACCCAACUGAACCAUCAUGGUCGUUCACAAUCAUCAUCUCCAGAUAACGAAUCAUCCGCAUCAUUUUCUUCUAAUCCGUUUUUGGGUGAACAGGAUUUUUCUCCGUUCGGUGGGUAUCCUGCUUCAUCAUUUCCGCUUAUGAUGGAUGAAAAGGAAGAAGAUGAUUAUUUGCACAAUCCUGAUCCUGAGGAAGAAGCAAGGCUAGACAGAAGAAGGUUCAUAGAUGACUUCAAAUACAUGGAUAAAAGGUCUGCUAGUGGGCUAGCUGGUGUGUUGCUUUUGUUAUUGGCAGCCGUCUUUAUUUUCAUUGUUUUGCCAGCACUGACUUUCUCAGGUGCUAUCAAUCACGAAAGCGCCACUGAAGAGGUCACGUACUUAUCUCAAUACCAAUAUCCUAGAUUAUCCGCUAUUAGAACAUCUUUGGUUGAUCCAGACACACCAGAUUCUGCAAAGACAAGAGAAGCCAUGGAUGGUUCUAAAUGGGAAUUAGUGUUUUCUGAUGAGUUUAAUGCAGAAGGAAGAACAUUUUAUGACGGAGAUGACCCGUACUGGACAGCUCCUGAUGUUCAUUAUGAUGCCACUAAAGAUUUGGAAUGGUAUAGUCCAGACGCUUCUACCACAGUUAACGGUACUUUGCAGUUGAGGAUGGAUGCCUUUAAGAAUCAUGACUUAUACUACAGAUCAGGUAUGUUACAAAGUUGGAAUAAGGUCUGUUUCACACAAGGUGCUCUGGAAAUUUCUGCAAAUCUACCCAAUUAUGGUCGUAUUUCGGGGUUGUGGCCCGGUCUUUGGACGAUGGGUAAUUUAGGUAGGCCCGGUUAUCUAGCUAGUACUCAAGGUGUCUGGCCCUAUUCUUAUGAAUCAUGUGAUGCUGGUAUUACACCGAACCAAAGUUCGCCUGAUGGAAUUUCUUAUCUACCGGGACAAAAAUUGAGUGUCUGUACUUGUGAUGGUGAAGAUCACCCAAAUCAAGGUGUUGGCAGAGGCGCUCCAGAGAUUGAUGUUUUGGAAGGUGAAACCGACACCAAGAUCGGUGUCGGUGUUGCCUCCCAAUCCUUACAAGUUGCGCCCUUUGAUAUCUGGUAUAUGCCUGAUUAUGAUUUCAUCGAAGUCUACAAUUUCACGACAACAACAAUGAACACAUAUGCCGGUGGUCCAUUCCAACAAGCUGUAUCUGCGGUUUCCACUUUGAAUGUGACCUGGUAUGAGUUUGGUGAAUACGGUGGGUAUUUUCAAAAGUACGCCAUCGAGUAUUUGAACGGAGAUGAUGAUGGUUAUAUCCGUUGGUUCGUCGGCGAUACUCCAACUUACACGAUCCAUGCCAAUGCCUUACAUCCUGAAGGUAAUAUUGGAUGGAGAAGAAUUAGUAAAGAACCAAUGUCAAUUAUUUUGAACUUGGGUAUUUCUAACAACUGGGCUUAUAUUGAUUGGCAGUAUAUUUUCUUCCCCGUGGUCAUGUCGGUUGACUAUGUGAGAGUAUAUCAACCAAGUAAUGCUUUAUCCAUGACAUGCGAUCCAAGUGAUUAUCCGACAUAUGAUUAUAUUCAAUCGCACUUAAAUGCAUUCCAUAAUGCAAACUUAACUACAUGGGAAGAUGCUGGCUACACGUUCCCCAAGAAUAUCUUAACUGGUGACUGUGCUAGUUCCAAAUUCAAAUUGACUUCCUAA